AUAGUAAUGAUCUAUAAAUAGUAGCUUAGAUCUAUAAAUAACAUUCUUACCAGAUUUUUAUUCUGUCGCAAAAGCGAGAGAGCUGAUCUGUCUUUUAAUUAUUUGCCAAUGCUUGUUCUACGCUCUGAUUGAAUCUAUUUGUACAAUUAUGGCACUAAUUCGAUAUUAGAAGCAAGUCGACCUAGAAUCGAUUUUCUUUCCAUUUUCUUUUUCUUUCGUCUGAUUUUUUGAGUGUCCUCAAGAGCAGUUAUGUAUGUGAAAUCUCUGAAGCAGUUGGCGAUCUUUGCCUUUGCGUUCAAUUAUGACAAGCUCUAUUCAAUCACUGACUUCGAUGAGUUGUCGCUUCAAACUCGUGAGCAAAUAGUGCAAUGGCUGUUCGACCACGACACAGGGCUUCUCGACAGAGAGAUCUUAGAAAGUAGAUACGACAAACGAGCAUGGGUGGGCAGCCCAGCAGAAAAUUUGGCCGCUACGCGACCAGUACGAAGUCGUCGUCAGUCAUUGAAAAACAUGUUCACCAGUAUCGCUUUCCGCCGCAAUGACCAAAAUACUACCAGCCGUAGCCCAGAAUCAAAGAACUCUUGUGACAGUACAUCAGAUGCUAAGAGCUGUGCUGAUCAAGAAAAAGCGGAAGAGUUAGAUGAACUGGAGUUGAGCAUUCAGAGUUACUUUGGCAAAACGAAACUGUUUGCUAAUAUCACAAGACUGACAGUGACUAAAUCACUAAUGCUAUGUGACGAAGUGCUGCAAUGUUUCUCCGAGCAGUGUGGAUAUUUGAGAAAUGUCACCUUCUCACAUUGCCAAUACAUUACAGAUGAAGGCUUCUACUAUCUGGUUUCGAAUGGUCGACUGUGUCAGCUGGAGACACUGACGGUGGAAUCAUGCAACAACUUCUGUGGAUCUUGUCUGGCAAAACUGGACACACAAGGACACAUCGUGUCAAUAUGCCUCAGGUUUCUCAGGCUCAAUUGGAAAGCUUUUGGUUCGUUUCUGAACCUCAACUCCGGUUUGCAGUCAGUGGAUUUGAGGAGUUCCUGGUUCAUGGGCCAUGUUGAGGAUGUCGCCCUGAUACCCGCCAUAUUAGGCCAAAACCUUGUGUGCCUUGUAAUGCCAAAAACUAGCAAUCAUCGUCUGGAGCUGUUCAUGGAAUCUCUGUAUCGAAAUUGCGAAAACCUCAGAAAACUCGAUUUGACUUCGUGUAAUGUCGAAGAUAUCAGCGAACUGCAAGACUGCUGUCCUGUGCUAGAAGACUUAGACCUCACCUUCUGUAUCAAACUCCAGAGCGACUACUUCAAAUCCACUCGUCUGCCAAUUCCACCGUCGGUCAAGCGACUGGGUCUGGGUAGUCUGAAUAUAGACACAGAGUGUCUGGAGAAGCUACUUGCAAAGGGAGCGUGUGAAGAUGGGUCUUCAGUGCUGACCAAUCUCACUCAUGUCAAUCUGAAUGGGAUUGAAGCCACUGCGUACGACACCACUUUCCUCAAACAGAUGUGUCGCUCUCUGGGCCACCAGCUGGUCUCAAUUAGCCUCAACCACAUGGAGUUGCCAGAUGUGGCCUUGAAGCCCAUAGCUGGCCACUGCAGGGCACUGCAGACACUACACAUAUCAUCCAGGGAAAUGACGGGGGAGACUCUGAAACCGUUCUUUGCCAAAGAGCACAAUGCACACUUACUCAAGAACCUGUCUCUCAUGUGCUGUUAUAAACUGGAACGUGGACUGCUGGAAUUGGUAGGGGACAGGUGUGACAGUCUGGAGAAGGUGAAUCUCAGUAGGAUCCAGACAGUGGACGAUGAGAUACUGCAACUGCUGGCAGCUAAAUGUGCAACAACUCUUAAGAAGAUAUCACUGGGUGCUUGUAGACAGGUGACUGACUACGGGGUGGCUUGUUUAGCAGUGAACUGCGACUUGAGUGAGAUCAACAUUGCAGGCAACAACAACAUCACCAACUCCUCUAUCAAGACACUCGCCAGGUGCUGUCCCACCCUCACAGAACUCUACAUCUCUGGCUGCUCCAAAAUCACUCCAGAAACGGUCACAUACAUAAGGGACCAGUGUAUCUCUCGUGUCUACAUCUCACACAGGAACCCAUCCAACGGAAUAGAACCGGACAGCUUCUCCGCUUUCAACAUAGACUCGGGCGAGUUCGUUGCCGUAUCCGCGGAAACAGGAAUAUUCUAGAAGCUGACAGACUGGCACAUACAUGGACUCUAAGCUGUUUAUGGUGCUCACACAUUUCAUUAUCACACUUACCUUUAGAUUAUGCAAAUUCCGAUUCAAUUUUGAUUUCAGAA